CCGCUCACCGAGUGUGGCCUACAAUACAAUACCCUUGAUCCAUCCACCCUGCUCUGGUUCUGGCUCUGGCUCUGAUCGGCUCUGAAUUGUCUCUGCAGCAGCAGCAGCUAUGGCGUCCGCUUGCACUCUGCUCCUCUCCACCGCGCUCCUGCCCUCCUCUCACCGUGCUGCUGAUGGCAUCACCUCCCCUGGAUCCCUUAGAAUGGUCGCGUCGUCACGGGGUGGGAUUGUGAGCUCCAGCGGAUGCUUGGAGCAAUUCGUGUCUACGACGACCCGAUGGGGAUGUUUUUCUGGGGCCGGGAUGAGAAGGAGGGGAGGAGUGGUGUGCGAAACGGCCGUGGAACUGGGUGGGUCGAGAUCCAGCGAGGGAGAGAAGAAGGUGGAGGCGGGGACGAAGAUUAAGGUGAAAGGGUCGUUGAAGGUGUACCAUGUGCCCAAGAACCCGGAAUUGGACAUCGACGGGCUGGAAGGGGAGGUGAAGGAGGUGGUGACGACGUUCAAGGGCAAGCCCGUGUCGGCGACGUUCCCCUACAAGGUGCAGUUGGUGACGAAGGGCGAGGAGGGCAGGAAGUUCUUCGUGCAUUUGAAGGACGACGAAUUCGUGGUUUUGGACUGAAAUUGGAAUGGGCGCGGGAACGGUGGGCUUGCUCAAGGUUAGUCUCACUCGGGACUGGUUUGGCGAGAAACGAGAAAGAAACAGGGCAUGCUGGGGUGAUUCUCAGCGGGACGCUGGAUUGCGGGGCGGAUAUGGCGGGAUACCAAGGAGAGGGGAAAGGAAUAUCGAUGCAUCGGAGGAUGCCGCAACGUAGACGAAUGUGGUUGUGGUCAGAGGAUAUAAGUACGCCAGAGCAAGAUUGCGUCGCGGGCGGGGGUGUUGCAGCUGCUUGUAUAGGAUAUAGUGAUGCCGACCGAAAGAGAACCCGGAAGCGGUGCACUCUUUGCGGCCAAGAGCGAACACCCGCCUGUCCCUUGGUGUGAUGUAACGUAGAUGUGGUGUCAGUGCAAUGUAAAUUUGGAUUUCUUGUACCCUAGGAGAGAAACACUUGAUUGA